AUGUAAUAAAAGAAAUUCGUGAAAGAUUAUAAAUAAUUUGAUGGUUUUGAAAAAGUUGGAAUUAACUUUUUACCUUGUACCAUAAAAAAAGGAGGAGAGUGUCCAAGUGAAUAAUAUUUUAAACCAUAAGAUGACAAGGUAAUCAUUCAUGGUAGAGAAUUAACCAAACAUAUUAUAAAUCCGCCAAAACCAUUAUAUGUAUUUUAAUCACAACAAGAUGGUACUAGAGUUAUAAGAGGAGAAUUUAAAGAAAUUAAUAAAUGGAUAUUUCAUGGAAACACUUAACAUGCAGAGUAAAUAUUUUAGUUUCCAAAUCUUAUGGAAGUUCUUCAUAAACCAAUUAAAUGAGCUAUAUUUAUUUUAGAAUGUCAC